AUGGAGAAUUGUGGUCUGUGCUGGAAGUGCCAGAGUCUUUUGAACACCCAGUAUCCUAAGGAUCUUGUCAUUGAUAACACUGACGAAUACGGAGACGUGACAGAUAAGAGAAUUGUCCGAAUAUUAAAAACACGCGAGUCUGUGGAGAUUACCGCUUCCAAUGGGUGUCUCCUCUGUUUACACAUAUUGCACGCUUUGGGCAUACCGGCAAGAAACGCUUUACACCAGCUGACAAGUGUAAACGACGAAGCUUCUCCUCAUGAUAUUGUUUACGAAAUGGAUAUAUUUAUCGGAGAUGAGAGGGAUCCUCCAAGUAUUGGACUGUAUGUGGAUCCCGACAAUCUAGAUCUUGGGUGGAAUCCCGGGAGCGAAAUCAGGUGCUCAUUGAAGCUGUACCCAGAAGCUGAAUUUCCAGAAAUGACACCUUAUGCCAACCAUGGAGAAGUCAAUGCCAGUACAGGUUCAGACACGAGCUUAUCCUUAGCCGCAGCCUGGCUGGAGAAGUGUUCAAACGACCACGAAUCAUGUAACCGGUCAACAUCUGUAACAGCUUUCCUUCCUUCGCGUGUCAUCGACCUUGGAUCAGGAGAGCCGAGGUUGAUAGUAGUUGACGAAAAUACGCCACUUUUGCCAUUUGCUACUAUGAGCCAUUGCUGGGGUUCUAAUGCGCCUCUGCUAUUACUAUCCAGUAAGAUUGCCGAAUUUCAGACGCAGAUACCAACGUCGGAGCUGUCCAAAUCAUUUCAGGAUGCUUUUAUAGUCACCCGACGACUUGGUUUGAGAUAUAUCUGGAUAGACAGUUUAUGCAUCAUUCAAGAUUCGGCCGAAGAUUGGGAAAAGGAGUCUCAAUCCAUGGCCGAAGUCUACUCGCAUUCCCAUUGCAACAUCGCGGCCGCACAUGCCACUGAUGGGACACAAGGGUGUUUCAUCGAGAGGAAUCCCGAUUUAGUCAAGCCGUUGAAAGUCGAGCUUAACUGGGGCCCAAAUCCAGGGACUUAUUACGCAUUGCCAUGGCGCUACUGGACUCAUAAUGUUAUGGCCAUGCCCUUGCAUAGACGGGCCUGGGUGUGCCAAGAGCGAUACUUGGCACCCCGAAAUUUGUACUUCGGAGAGACGCAGAUUUAUUGGGAGUGUUGUAGACGAAUUGGAAGCGAAACAUUUCCCUUAGGGGUACCAGGUAGAGUUGCAGGGUCAUCCAAGGACCUUGACCCAAGGACAAAUGGUGCUAUCAGAAGAAAGUCGAUGGGACUAUCCGAGACACCGGAGCUGGAUACAUUUAGUACUUGGGAUCUUAUCGUCAGCACCUACUCGCAAGGAAAGCUCACUUACUCAAGGGACAAGCUCGUUGCACUAUCUGGGUUGGCGGCGAGACUACAGAAGCACACCAAUUCUAAAUAUCUGGCCGGGAUGUGGCGAAAACAUUUAGCUUAUCAGCUUUUAUGGAAUGUUGGCGGCAUCCAGUGGAUUGUGUCCAAAUCACGCCCCGAGAUCUACACGGCCCCGAGCUGGUCUUGGGCUUCUACGCAUGGACACAUCGAAGACGCCUGCGUUAUAAGACAUGCAGACGACCGCGAGAUUAUUAUGGAGAUUUUAGCCGCGGAAGUUGAGCUAGCGAAUGAGAAAAACCCUUUUGGGCAAGUCAAAGGUGGAUCUCUGAGGCUCCGUUGUAGCUUAGCAAAGGCAGGAGUUCAUCUGGAGGAGGAACCGAUGAGUAGAGGCUCCUUUAACCUUUUCAUCAACGGGGUACGGGGUGGAAGCGCAAGCCUAGAUCAUUAUAACCAUGCGACUGCUCAGCCAGUCAAGCAAUACGGCCUUCACUAUCUUCCAAUCAGGUAUACUGCAACAUACGAAACGAUAACCCAAAACGGGGUGACGAUGAGUGUUCCAUGGAUCUCUGGUCUUAUUGUUCAAGCUACUAGUUCAAUAACUCAGAGCGAAUUUCUACGGAUUGGCACAUUUGAAAUCUUUUAUUUACCAGAAAGCUUCCAGGCUGCGUGUCGGCAAUACAGCUCAGAAGUUGGACAAGUUAAGACCGAAUAUGGAAUGGAUCAAUGGGGGGCGAAGUUCGAUAUCGUAAUCAUUUAA